UUUCUUUCGAGCAGCUCGUUUUAGGUAUUGAUACGCAGCCUUUCUCCGAUGCAGCAUCCGCCAUAUUGUCUACCAGGAGACGCCGAAAGCAUCUGGAGGGCCAUGAGGAAUGACUUCUAGGUUUGCUGUGUCUCCUGAAUAAGCUCCUGGAUGUCCUCUUUCAUUCAUAUUACAAUCAGCCUAUGCUCCACCAUAAAGUCAUCACAUCUGCCUUCAUCAGCUCCACCUUUCAUCUGCUGCUUGGAGGAACCCUCCAAGGUGUUUCAGGGAAUACCUUGUGUAGAAUAUGUCUGGCCCUGUCCCAAGUCGCUCUCGAGUUUACCCUGAUGUAAACACACAGCGACCCAGAGAGUACUGGGACUAUGAAUCCCAUGUGGUGGACUGGGGAAAUCAAGAUGACUAUCAAUUAGUGCGAAAGCUUGGUCGGGGAAAAUACAGUGAAGUGUUUGAAGCCAUAAACAUCACUAACAAUGAGAAAGUAGUCGUCAAAAUACUCAAGCCAGUGAAAAAGAAGAAAAUUAAACGAGAAAUAAAAAUUCUGGAGAACUUGAGAGGAGGCCCCAACAUAAUAACGCUUUUAGACAUCAUAAAGGAUCCUGUGUCCCGAACACCAGCACUGGUUUUUGAGCAUGUUAACAACACAGACUUCAAGCAACUGUAUCAAACUUUAUCAGACUUUGACAUCCGCUUCUACAUGUAUGAAAUUCUUAAGGCUCUCGACUACUGCCACAGUAUGGGAAUAAUGCACAGAGACGUAAAGCCACACAAUGUCAUGAUUGACCAUGAGCACAGAAAGCUUCGUUUGAUUGAUUGGGGCUUGGCUGAGUUUUACCACCCCAACCAGGAGUACAAUGUACGUGUGGCUUCCCGAUAUUUUAAAGGUCCUGAACUACUUGUGGACUAUCAGAUGUAUGACUACAGUCUGGACAUGUGGAGUCUUGGAUGCAUGCUGGCCAGUAUGAUCUUCAGGAAGGAACCAUUUUUCCAUGGACAUGACAACUAUGACCAGUUGGUUCGGAUUGCAAAGGUUCUGGGUACUGAGGACCUGUAUGAUUACAUUGACAAAUAUAACAUUGAGCUGGACCCACGCUUUAAUGACAUUUUGGGCAGACACUCCCGGAAGAGAUGGGAACGGUUUGUGCACAGUGAGAAUCAGCACCUGGUCAGUACAGAGGCUCUGGAUUUUCUGGACAAGCUGCUACGUUAUGACCACCAGGCCCGACUGACGGCCCGUGAGGCCAUGGACCACCCUUACUUCUAUCCUAUAGUUAAAGACCAAGGCAGAGGAGCGCCAGCUGCAGGAAUGGCUGCUAGUUCCACACCUGUCAGCUCUUCUAGCUUGAUGGCAGGCAUCACCUCUAUGACUCCGAGCACACAGCCCAACAUCGCCAACAUCAGCGCCGGCUCGCCCGUCAUCCCUGCCCCAAACACAAUGGCCACACAAGUGCCCACUGCCGCUGGAGCCCAGCCCUGAACACCACCCGCCCCAACAUCCCCCCUCUUUCUCACAUCCCUCUAUCCGUCUCUCUCCUCUGUGGGCCUGCUUGGAAUUGUGAAUCAGUGGUGAGGGGGUGGGGGGCAUUGAUUUCAUUUGUGGUUAUUUUUAUGAUGUUGCAAAUAACACCGAACUAAUGUUAAGUUACCAUUUUAUUGUUUUUCUCCUGAGGUGUUGUUUAGGGGUUUGUGAACUCAAAGAAACCCAUGAUGUAUUUGCACCUGUCUGUGUGAGUUAGAAAAGCAAACGGGUGUGAACUUUCACUCGCCGUGACUGUUUAGAAACACUUAAAUGUCCACCUGAAGAAGGAUAAUAAAAUUAAUUUUAUAUGUCCCUCUAGCGUUCUCGUGAUCAAACCAUUUCACUUCACUGACUUAUUUUAAAUUGUUUUUUGGGAGACUUUUGUUUUGUUGUACCUGGGAUUUUAGUCCCUGUUUUUAGAACGAGUCUUGAUCACAAAGUUCACAAAACCUUGUGUCAUAAAUUGAACCUCUGAGUAUGAACGCAGACAAGGAGUGAUUUGAUCCUUGGUUUUGAAGAAUAUUAUGGGGACAAGACAAUGCAGAUUUGAAGUUAGAGUCAUGAUUCAGCUCUGCAUUUAGACUGAAGGCCAGAUCCAAUCAAAACUACUGUAACAGUUCUGAUUUUUGUUGGAUCAUUGUGUAACAAAGCAGUCUUUUACCAAUAAUGGAUGCUCUUUUGUUUCAGCUGUGCUGGUUCUGUGUAUAUUGCAGGUUGAUUGGAUUUGGUCCCAGAUCUUGUUUAACUCACUAGUUGCUGUUCAAGGACUUAUACCAAUUACUGAGUAACACAAUCAAUAAUUGCCAAUUUUUGUGUUACCUUCAGUUUUCUCUGUGUGUGUGUGUGUGUGUGUGUGUGAACGCAUGAGUGGAAUUGUUUUUUUUUUGUUUGUUUUUUUUAGUUUCAGACAUUUGUUUGAUACUAUGAAGAAUUUUGUAAUUUUCUUCUGAGAGGCGACUGUUCAGUGAAAUACACACAUUUCUUUCUACCCCACGAUUUAAUCUAUUAAACAGGUGAAAUGUCAA